AUGAGUGCACCACCAAGAUUAAGUGCAAGAUUAUCAGUAUUAGAUCAAAAGAAAUCAAAUGCACCUUCACCUACAUCACCAACUGGAUUAAAGACAUCAUUAGGUAUGCCACCAAAUAGUGGUAGUAGUGGUGGUGGUGGAGGAUUAAAAUCAUCUGUUGGAAUUUCAUCAUUACCAACUAUACCAUCAACAAAAUCAACAUCACCAACAUUACCAAAAAGAAAUUCAGCAAAUUUAUCAUUAUUACAACAACAACAACAACAACAUACAAAUAAAUCAACAUCACCAUCAUCAAAUACACCAACAGCAACAUCAACAACAUCACCAUUUUCAUAUUUAGGUAAACAAGCAUCAGCACAAAAUUUAAAUACAAUGAUGUCAAUGAUGAUGCUAAAUAAGAAUCCAUUAUCACCAGUUGUACCACAACCAGGUGCAAGUCUAUUUUAUGCGACACCAACAGAAGCUGAUGAUGAGGAGUUUGAGCAUAUUAGAAAUCUAUUAAACUCUGAAUACUCUGUGACAACAGUUCAAUCUACAGGUGCUUUGAAAAGCAGUAAUUUGGUGGUAAUGUCGUGGAAAAACAAUGCGACCUCGGAAUUGACCGAACAGGACGACCAAUUGGAGAAUGAUAAACGUGAUUUACAAUUCAUAAAAGAGCAAUUAGAGAAAAACAAUUCAAUGUCAAAGCAAAUGAUUUAUAUAUUGGAUCGAUUCAAUGAAGGCUUGUCCCAAUUGGAGAUGGAUGUGGCUCCCAUCAAUGCAUCGAUGAAUGAGUGGUCGAGCAUUUUCAAUAAUAUUAAUUCCACCAUGGAGCAGGUGAAAUCGGUACUGGACAAAUUCGACGUCGAUAAGAUCGACUCCAAAAUCAACGACGGCGCCAAGGGAGACUACGUGUCGUACAUGCUGGCAUUGGAGCAUGUCGGCAAUGCCAUCGACUACAUUGCCGAGAAAUCGCACUUCAAGUCGUCAGACAAGGUGAUGGACGCUUUGAAACAAUUGAAAGCCACCGGCUUGAACGAGCUUGAAACCAGCUUCAAGUCAUUGCUUCUCAAAAUCAGCAAUUUGGUCGACCCAACCACCAUAGCGAAGUUACCCAACUCCAAGCGUUAUCUAGCAAUCAUCCUACCCAACCACGUCGAAGAGAUCUCCAAAUAUAUUGAACUAUUUGAAAAACUACAUUACAAUGCAUUCUUAAAAGAGUAUAAAGAUAAGCGAUCGAAAUUCAUCCUUUUGUCACUCCGUAAAAUGGCGCCUGAGAAAUUCAUAAAACAAACCAGUGAAACCAAGAACCUCGCCUACGUCAAGGGAUCCCAUCCACUGAUUUCCUACGUUCAAGAAACAUUGCGUCUCUAUCAGAUAGAGUACGAUUUGGCAAGUGAAUUAUUUGGCAACCAAUAUCAAUUGAUUCUCGACGAAAUCAUUGACCCUGCCCAUGAACUACUCUUGGAAACCACUGAACCAAUCAUUAAAGUAAGAAAAACGCCUGGUGAUAAAAUCUUCAGUAUUUUCCCAUUACUAGAUCUAUUCGAUACUUUUACUAAACUAUUACCAGACUUUAUCACUGCAAUCAGUUCAAGAGAUGGUAAACAUAUUAGUGAAUUAAAAACUCAAAUUAAACAUUUACAAGAUACUUGUGCCUCUCUAUUAGAUUUCUCAUUGGAUGAAGAAAAAGAAAUUUCAAGUUCAAAUAGAAAAGAAAUCAUCUCUGAUGCAACUGUUGAUGAAAUCUCUUCAAAUAUGAUCAAUUAUUUUAAACGUUUAAUUGAAUAUAAACAUUCUGUUGAAUUAUUAUUAAAAGGUCAAGAUAAUAAUAAUAGUAACAGCAAUAGUAAUGCACCAUCAUCAACCUCUUCAAAUAGUAAAUCUUCAUCUUCAUCAUCAUCAUCAUCAUCAUCAAAUUCUGCAUCUUCAACAAUAUUACCUACAUCAUUUAUUGGUUUCUUAGAAAAGAUAUUAAAAAAUUUAAUUAAAUAUUUACAAGGUAGAGCGAAAAAAGAUUUUCCAACUCAACCUGCAACUGAUUUCUUUAAACCACCAAUUAAAUCUGUAAUUUUUCAAAUUAAUAAUUAUCAUUAUAUUUCAACCUCUUUAAAACAAUCUAAAAUCUUAUCGAAUCAACAAUUUGAAAAUAAUGAAUUGGCGAGUGCAAAUCAUAUACUACAUGAAUUUGAAACUUGUUUAGAUAAUGAAAUUAAAGUUUUAAAUUCAUUUUGGAAAACUAUAGCUGAUAUUUUAAUAACUAAUAAAUCAAAUAAAGAAAAAGAUGAAGUUAAAUCAAUAAUUAAAAAACAUACUAAUUUCUUAAAAACUUUUAAUGAUUUAAAUAAAUUGAAAUUUGAUAUACCAGACCAAGAAUUAAAAUUGAAAUUAAAAACCGAAGCUAAAAAUAUAAUUGGGAGAUCUUAUGAUCAAUUUAAAGAAUUGUGCAGAUUAGAAAAAAUUCAUUUAGAAAAGAAUUUUGUUCCAUUUGAGACAACCGAUGAUAUUAAUAGAAAACUUGAUAGAGUUUUUGAUUCACAAUAA